AUUUGUUUUUUACACACAAAUUCAGAAUAUGAGUGUAAAAUGCCACAAGAAAAAGCAGGCAUCUGUAUAGAUUGGCGUCAAUGUGUAGCUCUUUACAAUCUGCUCACAAAAAGAAAUUUAAGAUUUUCGGAACGAACACAACUAAAGCUUAGUCAAUGUGCUUUCAAGAAUGAAUUCCCUUGGGUUUGUUGCCCUUUUGACCCGAAUCCGACAGAUAAAUUACCAAAAUCUGGCUGUUGUGGAAAUCAACUGGACAAAAACGUAAAUUAAUCAAACGUUUAUCACUGAUUUCACAUGGGUGGCUUUAAUUGAAUACACAAUGCCAAAUGUAUACAAAAGCUAUCGUUGUGGUGGUGUCCUUAUCAAUGAUAACGAUGUUUUAACAGCAUCUCAUUGUGUGAAUGCAGAAUUAUCAGGCGUUCGGCUUGGUGAGUGGAAUCUAAGAGAACAUAUGGAUUGCGAAGAGAACGUGUACUCUGGACCAGUUCAAGAUAUUUGUGUGGUAGAACGAAUUCGUCAUGAAGACUAUCAUCCAAAUUCAAUGGUCAAUGACAUAGCUCUCCUGCGUUUGGAAAGACCGGCUCCAUAUACAUCGUGGAUCCAACCUAUUUGUCUGCCCACUUCAAGCGAUGGUCCCAAGGAAAAUGUCAACGGAUUUCCAUAUCAGGUGUCAGGCUGGGCCAGAACGGGCUGGGAAGUACCUGGAAGUGCUGGAAGUAGUAUCAAGCUAAGGG